GCUUGAAUUCAAUGGCGACGCAUCCGCGGGGGAUGAAAGUAUAUGUCCACGGUAACAAUAGUGAAGAGGAUCUGUGGUAUUGCAUUGAUUUGGAUGAUGAGAUUUCUGUUUCUCUUGUUGCCAAAAUUGGGUGCGAAAGGGAUGGAGGCUGGGCCCUUAUGGGUGACCACAUCUACUGGGCUGGCGGAACCAACAUGAAGGCUUUAGAUCAGCUAGGCAGAAGAAGCAUCACCAGUAUGGAUCUGCUACGCCACAAUAUCUCCGACAAAGACCUCUCUAAAUGGGAAACCGUGUCUUCUUCCAAGAAACUUCCACGGGAAAAUCCACGUGUCUUUACCCUGAAUAAUAAGAUACAUGUUAUGGGUGGCUCUAACAGUAUUUAUAUACCUGAAGAUGAUGAUGACAACGAGUCUGAUGGUGAUGAAAGAGUGAGACACUGCGGUGAGGUUUAUAACAUUGACACCCACACCUGGGAUCUCCUCGCCUUUAAUGUUAAGGAUUAUGCUGGUUUUUCUUUUAAUCAAACCACUGCCCUUUUUAUGGACCAUAAUAAGGAAAUAGUAGCACUAUCCUACUCAUUACAAAUGGGGCGUUUUCUGUUUUACUAUGUGGGUACGGAUGAUUUCAUCGUUGAAGAUCAUAAAACCAGCUUUCCUUUAGGACCACAAUCCCUAAAACAAGAAGAUUAUUAUCAACGUCGUCGUCGUGAUAUACUAAUCAAUACGAUGAUGAAUGUAAGGCCGGUGGUAAGGGACUCAACACUCUAUUGGUUCACCUAUGACUUCUACAUGUAUGGAUAUGAUUUUGUACAGAAGCAAUGGUUUUCUUCUGAAGAACCUGUUAAGAAAGAGAAAGAGAAAGAGGAGUUAUUGAGUCUCCCUGAGCCUAUGGAUCAUUUUUGUCCUGUAUCACCAAUUUUGGUUGACCUUUACGAUGAUGCAAGUUUCCUGGUGAUUGUCCCUGCAACAGGAGGAAAAUUAGGAGUGGCAUUCCUUGCUGUCUCCAAAUGCACACGCACUUACUCUUUAACUGUGUCCCUGAAGUCAUCCCACACUUUAUCUCCUACUCCUGAUGGUCUUUAUUUCUAUCCCACGGAUGCCAUGGCAAUAUUGAAGUAUAUUGGGCCAAGUACUAUGCGUGGACAAAGCAAUCCUGCAACGGUGGUUCAGGUGCUAUUUCGAUUAUCAAUAUUAGCUGUUUAUUUUGAAAAUAACUUCUUGUUGCGAUAUUUGUUGCCUUUUUCAUCAAGUUAA